UGCUGGGUGAAGGUCAAUUUGAGCCUACCAUUCUGAGCUUACUCGACCAACUAAUCAUCAGCACGAUCGUCAUACUCAUUGAAGAGAAAAAAGGAAGAAUCAGCAUGAAGAUCGAGGGCCCACAGACGAGUGUGGGGAUCCAGUUCAAAGUGUGGUGCCCGUCUUACAACCGAGUCACUCACCGGCUCUAUCUGCUGGGCUCUCUGGAUGAGCUGGGCGCCUGGAGUAUUGAUGACGCUUUGGAGGCGUAUCCUACUAAAGAGUUCCCCCGAAGGUCUGGCUACUGGAAGGCUUAUGUGACCUUUGACGCCUACUCGAACCUCAGCUUUAAGUGGACAGUGGUCAAGGAGAAGAACCCGUCAAAGAUCGUGGUACAGGAGUCGGAGGCCCACUGGAUCUAUGGACGGACGGCGUGGAUGCGAGCCGUGGCCCCAUGGGGGAGGGGCGGGCUGGUGGUGGUGGUGGACACUUCCGUCAUGGAGGAACCUGCGGACCCCGUGCUGGGCAGGACUGACCUGUUGGUGCGAGGGAAGAGGAUGAGGGAGGAGGAGAUAGAGAGAUGGUUAGGUCAACAGGGCCGCCAGAGAACCUCCAGCCUGUCCAAGUCGGAGCGACUGACCCGCCACUUGAGCAAGGACUACACCUCCUCGUCCGCCGUGUCGCUCAUGAAGGGCAAAGGUCAGACGGAGGCCCUGGUGGAGCGCGCCAGCACAGAUGUCGUGGACUCUCCAACAACGCCCGUGCCGGAGGCAGACGAUCGCGAGGCGGGACUCGAACCUCCGGACAAUGCCACACCACGCCGGGCGCACGUUGGUAGGGACAGGGAGAAGAGGGAGAGGAAUGGGAAGACUGCAGUGAGAGCAGCACAAUGGGACGACGACGUUGCACCGACGUUGACGAACAAAGGCGACGUGAAACAGUCGGAGAUUUGUUGUCGUGGCACACCGAAGAAGCCGACGUUGUCUGAAUGUGUGAGUGCGACGCACCCACAAGAGUCACCAGACGACCUGAGCUAUGCUACAAAGUCUGGGUCAACCGGUGGGAAGGAAGGGUUUGAACCCAGGGUUAGGGGCAGACCUCCUCGCCAUGACCACGCCCCACGUCACCACAACUCCUCCCCCCGUCGCAAGGACCCCUCUCCCCGUCACAAAGACCCCUCUCCUCGACGCAAGGACCACGCCCCCCGUCACCACAACUCCUCCCCUCGUCGCAAAGACCCCUCCCCCCGUCACAACGACUCCUCCUCACGUCGCAAGGACCACUCCCCUCGCCACCACGACCCCGCCCACCGUCACAACGACUCCUCCCCCCGCCCCGCGGCGUCCAACCUGGAUUUCCCGAACAAAGACCGACGACGCGUCUCCCGCGAAGACAGCAGACAACGCACAGGCCGGGCAGCCUCCUUCGACUGUCUGGCGGGCCCGGCCUCCGAACUGACCGGCACGGCCGGGUGUGACGUAGACCGCAGAAGGACGGAAGACCACAGAGGCCAGGGAGCACGACGCAAGAACGACAACUGCGACUGUCUUGACCAGGACACCGUGGACCACCCAUCGACCUCAACAAGACCGGAGGCUAAACAGUCGACAAAAGGCAGAGCAGACUUUGAGUUUUUACACUCUACAGAAGGGGAAGGGAUUUGGGGCGAGGAAAAAAGACAACGCAAAAACGAGAAUCAGGUGGAUAGAAUCUCCGACAACGCCGCCUCAAGACAACAAGACAGCUACCCAGACUCCGCGAAGCUGCAGGAAAAUUUCGCUUCGCGGAGCAGUCUUGAACAUCCGGGGCCGUGGCUCAAACCGAGCCACGCUCAGGGAAACCGCGACUCGCCCGGGGGCCGCGGGGACUUUCUGGGCGAUGGGAAGACGUUUGCAGAGGAGGAGGCGGACGAAUAUCUCAGCUGGAUGGAGGAGAAAGUGGAGCAGGAGGAGGACUACUGUGCGGCCACCAUGGACUGCCAUUUUCUCCUCCUCCUCCCUCCCGACCGUCCUCCGCUGACGUUGGGUGAGGAGAGCCGAGGGAGAGGUUUAGGGAGAGGCUGUGGUGAGAUUUCUCAGAAUGUUGUGGACGAUGUCAAAGCCAAAGAUCCUCCGAGCGUGUUUCAGGAGGGUAGUGUCGAGUGGGCGACGUCGGGUGGUGGUUCUUCUCCCGUGACGGAGGGUGGUUUCGUGUCGGUGACGUGUCGUGGUGAGGGGAGGAUAUUCUGUGCGGACGACGCGGAGAACGACCUGGAGGUGUCACGGCGCAGGCUCGUGGCUAAGGCUUUAGAGGAGCGGUGGGGCGCCACUAGUACUACGUCAUCGCACACGUCAUUGCAGACGUCAUUGCACACGUCAUCGCAGACGUCAUCGCGUCACUCGCUCCGUGGUGGGGAGAGGGGCGGGGUGGAGGGGUGUUGUCCCACUUCUGUGAUUGGCCAGAGGCGUCUCGGGGGAGGGACAGGAGAGAGGGGCGGGGUGGAGAGAUCUUGCUCUACCUCUCUGAAUGGCCAGAGGUGUCUCAAGGGAGGGGCAGGAGAGAGGAGCGGGGUCGAGAGAUCUUGUUCUACGUCUCUGAUUGGCCAGAGGUGCAUAGAAGGAGGAGCCGAAGCAACGACGAGCAGCGGUCUGAAAAUAUACACCGAAUGUCCAGCAUAUGAUACCCCUACCUUCUCCAACACGGCUUUGCUGGGCCAGAGAGUGUUCGUGGACCACAGAGCAAAGGCUCGGGAGAUGGAGAGAAAGUGGGUGAGGAUGAGCAAGAUUGGAGGACGGAGAGAUGAACAGACAGGGCUCACAUCCGGCUGAAGUGAGAAGACAUAGACCAAGACGGACGAUAUAUAUUUU